AUGUCCAACGAGAUCACCCACGAGACCAUCAAGGAUGGCUGGUUCCGAGAGAUCUCGGAGAUGUGGCCCGGCCAGGCUAUGACCCUUCGCGUUGACAAGGUUCUCCACCACGAGAAGAGCAAGUACCAGGAUGUCCUCAUCUUCAAGUCCACCGACUACGGCAACGUCCUGGUCUUGGACAACGUCGUUCAGGUUACUGAGCGCGACGAGUUCUCCUACCAGGAGAUGAUCUGCCACUUGGCCAUGAACUCCCACCCCAACCCCAAGAAGGUCCUCGUCAUCGGUGGCGGUGACGGUGGUGUUCUCCGAGAGAUUGUCAAGCACGACUGCGUCGAGGAGGCCAUCCUCUGCGACAUCGACGAGGCCGUCAUUCGCCUCUCCAAGGAGUACCUCCCCACCUUGUCCGCUGGCUUCAACCACCCCAAGGUCAAGGUCCACGUUGGCGACGGCUUCAAGUUCCUCGACGACUACAAGAACGAGUUCGACGUCAUCAUCACCGACUCCUCCGACCCCGAGGGUCCCGCCCAAGCCCUUUUCGAGAAGUCCUACUUCGCUCUCCUCAACGCUGCCCUCCGUGAGGGCGGUGUCAUUUCUACCCAAGCUGAGAACCAGUGGCUUCACCUGCCCCUCAUCACCCAGCUCAAGAAGGACUGCAAGGAGAUCUUCCCCGUCGCUGAGUACGCCUACACCACCAUUCCCACCUACCCCUCCGGCCAGAUCGGCUUCAUGAUCUGCUGCAAGGACGCCACCCGCGACGUCAAGACCCCUCUCCGAUCUUGGACCGAAGAGGAGGAGAUGGAGAAGUGCCAAUACUACUCUGCCGACAUCCACAAGGCUAGCUUCAUCCUCCCCAACUUCGCCAAGAAGGCUCUGCAAUAA